UCUAUAACUUGCAUUUUGAAAACUUUGCUAAAAAACAAAAACUAAAAAUCCAUGACUUGCAUCCAAACAACCCCCUUCACUUUUUACCUAAAAAGCCUCAAUCAAUGCACCAACCUAUACACCAUUUGUCAUCCCCAAAUUUAGCUGCACAACUCCAUACCCCACCACAGAAUCCUCCCAUCGAUGGGUUGCUGUCUAACAACCGCCGCCGUCAACCACCGACACCCACCCAAACCUCCCACUCCACCACCACCAGAAGAAGAAACAGUAAAAGAAGUCCUCUCAGAAACCCCCAUCGUCCCCAAACCCCAACAACCACCAAUCCCGUUAACCAACCCUCAACUUCUUGACGGUGGAGCGGAAAACUUAACGGUUGAAGUUGAAGAAAAUGUGUCGGAGGUUUCGGAGAUGUAUAGCUACAGUGAGAGUUUUUCUGCAGCAACGACGGCGACGACGGCGGCGGAUGGUAGGAAGGAGGAGAUUGAGGCUGAUGACGACGGUGAAGUUACGCAGAAAGUGAAGAACAAGUCUCCGCCGGCGAAGAAGGUGGUUAGGAAGCGUCCGGUGGGUAAUUCCGGCGAGUUUCCGCCGAGGAAGGAGAGGGUAGCAAGACCGGUGGCUAGGAGACACGUGGCACCUUCGCCGGAGAGAAAGCGGCAGUCGCCGUCUAGAAUUACGACGAACACGCCGCGGUACCGGAAUGUGGGGCCGGCGAAUGACGGGCGGAGAGAAGUUACGGCCCGGAGAUCGAGGUCGCCAGUGGUGCGUGGGGAAACGUGUCAACGGCGUAAAGUAACGGAGAAGAGUUCUGCUGAAAAAUCCGAUGACAUGUUGCCGGUGGCUGCUGUGGAAAGUGAGGAGAAGACUGAGGAGGGUGGCGUGCCGCCAUUGCCGGAGACGGAGACGGAGGUGCAGGCAACUGAGUCGUUGGAAAAUCCUCUUGUUUCUUUGGAGUGUUUCAUUUUUCUCUAGGAACAAGUGGCUGGGCUAAACGAUGUCGUUUGUUGGCAUGUUCUUUUUAUGUAUUUAUUUAUUUAUUAUUUGUGUUUUUUUGGGUUGUGAAUA